CUUGUUUCUAAGCAACGCUUGUAAACACAACUCCUAACGGGAUUUUAUUGAGCUCGAGUCGAUACAGCGCUUUACUCUCGCAGAAAGCUCAUAGAUGACCUUCAUUUUUCACUGAAACGCCUGAUGUUUGACAAUUAACGUCUUCUUGAGCUUCACAUUAUAAAAACAUGCAAUUGGCGCCACACCAUCGCCUCACACAUCACUUUUGGGAAAAAGUAACAAUAUCACCAAAACUUCCAUUGUUGCACCGAGAGAACAUGAGUAGACGGAGCGGUCGUCCCUCAGGAAUGGAUCACAACUCGGAACAGCAUCCCUGGCAACCUCCGGACAGAACUCAGAGAAGAGACGAAAUAUUCCUGGAAGAGCAGAAUGGAUAUGUUCCUUCACGGAGAGCUUCUGACGUGGACAAAGUGUUUCCUCUAAAGCCGGUCCUCCACAAGAGAGCAUACAGCCUGAGCAACUACCACAUCAACAGUAACGUCUCAGAAUAUCAAGGGAGAUUUUAUUCAUGUCUCCCUAGACUGAAUGAUGUUAGACAACAGCAGAAGUGUGUGAGGAAACCAGAAGCUCCAAAGUCAACCCAUGAACAGGUAACAGGAAGAAACAGAACAACACAGAGCGGUUCAGACGGUGAGCACCGCGAACAAGGAAAUUCAGAGAAACUGUCCAAGGAGAUCCACUCGAAUGAGAUGAUACUGCAGGAGAAGUUUUAUAGAGCUGGGGAAACAUUGCGGAGAAUCCAGAGAGAGAGGAUCAGUCGACACGAUAGUGUGACCAGAGACGAGAGAAAUGAACGAUUUUUAGAAAAGGAGAAGUGGGAGAACAGAUUGUACAGUGCGAAUGAUGGAUUGGACAGAUAUGCGCAUGAAAGGAGGGAAAGCAAGGACGACAUGGGAAGAUGGGACGAUUGGGAACGUAAGGUGAAUGAAAAAACAAAGGAGGGCAGGAGACAACCUUUGACCUCAGAGAUGACAGAGUUUAACGAUAAGAGAGAGCGUGACGGAUAUGAAAAGAUAGUGAAAGGGCGGAGAGGAGAAACGAUGAGAGAGAACGGGAUGGGUUGGGAUGCACGGGACAGGAGCUACCGGAGGAAUUUGGAAGAGGUCGAGAAAUAUGACAGAAGAAGAGAAGACGAGGAUCAGUGGGACAUGAGAAAACCAGGAUCAUCAGACAGAUCUCAUCUCAAACAAGACAUAUACACAAAUGUGCUUCUGUCAGAGAGGAGAGAAAGUAAGGAGACUUCGUAUGAACCGACGUCAGGUGGAAGGAGAAGAAAGAGUCCGGACAGGAUUCCCAGUCAGAGAGGAAAGCGCCUCCUGCAGGUGGAACUCAGUCCGGAGGAAAAUCCACAAGAACUCGUGGCGUGCAGCGUGUGUCAGAGACAGUUCUUACCAGACAGACUGCAGACGCACAUGAGGAUCUGUGAGAAAAAACGGCCUCAGCGUAAGAUCUUUGACAUGUCCCAGCACAGGGCCAAAGGAACCGAACUGGAGGAAUUCAUGAAGACCAACGGCAGAAGCAAGACGCCUGAAGAGAUUAAGAAGCGAAGCACGUGGCGUCAGAAACACGAGGCCUUCAUUCAGAACAUUCGUCAGGGUCAAACUCACGUGCCACAGUCUGCUUUAAACCUGAAUCCUGAAUAUAUAAGCUGCCCUCACUGUGGCCGGACGUUUGCCCCGGGACCGGCGGAGAGACACAUCCCCAAAUGUCAGAACAUCAGGAGCAGACCACAACCACCCAAACAAAUAAACAACACCACCAGGAAAAAGAUCACACGCCAGUGAACAGUAAAGCUGCCAUAACGCUUUUAGUGUGAGAUGUAAUGAUGUUUUGCUUUUCCAGUAUAACACAUUGGAGUAAAAUGAAGUUAGAAUUGUGACAAAUAAGACCUGAGUGUAUAGACAGCUAUGAGGUUGUUAUCCCUUUAUACAUUUAUUUUAGACUCAGCCAUGAUUUUAUUAGUCAGUGAAACUUUGAUGUCCUUAGAAAACAAAUAAAUGUGAAGAAUGUUUAAAUUAGAUUUUGAAUAGUUUACACUAGCUCAACAGAUAGUAAGGUGUUUUUAUAGACUUAGUUAAAGAAGUGAUAAUGCUUGUUUCUGUUAUUAACUUGACUUGAUUUUGAAUUGACACAUAAUUCAGUUAUUUGUUUUGAGAUUGUUGUGGCUUUUAUACACUGACUAUGCAAUAAAACUAAUUACAUAUGAUAUAUAACAUAGUUCAUGUUUAAACUCUGCAGAAGACAUUCGUUUUAUUGAUUCAUUGGAAAGUCACUCGUCUCCACCUGCUGGUGUAAUGAUGUACUGCAUCAUCAUCGAAUAUGAAUAUGAAUAUGAAAUGUGUUCAAUACGGUGAACAAAAUGACGACAGUGGCCAAAAUGAUUCAUGAUGAUACUAUAACAUAUAAAUAAAUGGUUUUACCCGUUUUAAUCAUUUCAGUUAUAUCAUGGAACAUGAUGGUGUAAAUCUGUCAUAAAGGUGGAAAAAAGAGGUUAUAAAUAAACAACGAUUUACAUUUGA